AUGACGUCACACAUGGACCACAUUCUACCUGAUCUACCCAAUCAGUCGGCUAUUGCCAUGAACGAAUGGAUAAUUACGGAAUUGAUAGCAAGCCGAAAUCAUAGGAACGAUUCAAAGGAAGUUAACGAUGGAUUUGACGAUAAUGAUGCCUCUGACUUGAAUAUUCGUGUUAAAGAUCGUACCGGUGAUGAUGUUCUUACAUCGGGGAGGAAAGGCCGUAUUGGUGGUUUAUUCAAGGAAGCCCCGAUCAAAGGAUUGAAAGAAGGUGCAGCUGAGGCUCUGAAGCGCCCAUUGACAGGAAUAUUUCGUCGACCUGGUUCUCGUUCUGGUCGGAAGCAAGAAGAUUUUGGUCUUGUUUCCUCAAGUGGCCAAGGUGAUCACGGAGGAGGCUUUUUGGAUGAGCGAAGCUUGUCUCCUGAACCUGCCGGGUCAUCUAGAGCACGUGGCACCACUUCGCCUUCUGAAUUCGAUUCAGUUGCGAAGGCUCCUCUCCUCACGGCAUCGCAGUUGCAUGGCAUGCUUCAAAUAGACGCAUUUGCCUCGAAAUAUCCACAUCUUGCAAAAAUAGAUGACAUCGAUAUCUCCCUGUUAUCCCGCUAUCUUUAUACCGAAGAAGAGGUGCAAGAUGAGGACGUACCAUGGACCAUCGACUACCUUCUUGCGUCGCUUUCUUCGGAAAUGCGGGAAGAGUGCGCGCAGGAAGAAUCAGAAGACUCCUAG